GAGCUGUCAGACAAGUGUAGUGCAGUAAAAAGUACAAUUUUACCUCCUGCCGAUAUCCUGGAGUACAAGUAGAAAGUUGGACAUCAGUAUACAUGUGAAGUACAUUGUGUAGUAGUGUACUUAACUUUAUAUUAAGAUUGCGUUAACGUGUUGCAUUUAACUGCUGAAGAGGUUGAGUUCAUUGGAACUAGUUCAUAGACCGUUGGGAAGUUUAAACUGCAGCAAUUCAUAUUCUGUAAGUUUAUCAUAUGCAUGUGAUGAAUCGAAAAAGUAGAAGUAGAAAGUUGCACAAAUACCUGAAGUAAUUUAAAGUACAUGUACCUAUAAUGUGUACUUUAGUGAAAGUAAAUAUCCCCCAGUGCCUUUAGCUUGUCAACAAACAGGUUGUAUUCACAGUCUGCUAAUCAAACUUUACAUCCACCCACUGAUAGUGAUAUCUGCUCAAUUAUGUUGACUUGAGUGUUGGCAUCUUUUUGCAGGUUUGUUAUCAGUAUAACCAAUUACACAGUUUGCACCUAUUUUACGUUUGAACUUUCACUGGCUACUGUUGAAGUGCAUCCAACAGAUAGACUCAUUUCACUGUGGGAGAGGUGACUAGGAACCCAAAGGUCAGUCUGACUUAUCGUCACUGGAGCAGUGCACUGAGGAAAGACCCAUGGAAUCUCAUAGAAGACUCAGAUUAUUCUGUGGCACGUUCUGCUCUUGAGACACAGGUGCCUGGUGGGAAGCCUUCAGAAAUGUGGAUGAGCACUUUUGCCCGUUUCGCCCUGCCGGCCCUGCGGAGUCGCUCCUCUGCCGCGGCCUGCCAGGCUCUCAGGGCCUGUCGUGGACUGGGGCAGGCUGCAGGUCCACCGGCCUCUCUUCUUACUUCAGUGCAGCUUCGUGGGCAGCAGACCAUGGUCUCGGCCUCGGCCCCUGUGGCGAGCCAGUCCCUGAGGCACGCCCGGGCCCUGGACGAGGCGCGGAUGGUGGAGGUGGAGUGGGAUGAUGGAGGCACCAGUCUGUACCCGUUCACCUGGCUCAGAGACAACUGCCAGUGUCCAGUGUGCACCCUGCAGUCAGCUCAGGCCAGGCAGCUGGUGAUGUGUGAUCUGGACAUCCACACAGGGAUCGACUCUGUAGAGGUCAUCAAUGACAACAAGGUGUCGGUUGUGUGGCCUGACCAUCACAGCAGUGUGUUUGACUCAGAGUGGCUGAGGAGACGCUGCUUCUCCACCGCUGCCAGACAGUCACUGCAGGAAGAGCUUUUCCUCAAUGAUCGUUAUUAUUUUGAUUCCAAGCUGAACAUUCCCACCGGCGACUACGAGGAAGUCCUCCAUGACGACAAGGCGGCGCUGGCCUGGCUCCUGGCCCUGCGGCGCGUUGGCAUCGUCCGCCUGAAGGGGGCGCCGAGGGAGCGGGGCCAAGUGGCCAGACUCUCCGAAAGGAUCGGUUAUCUCAGGCUCACGUUCUACGGGCACACAUGGCAGGUCCAGGACAAAAACAUGGCAAACAACUUGGCCUACACGUCCAAUCGGCUCAGCCUCCACACGGACUACCCUGCUCUACACUUCUCACCAGGAGUGCAGUUUGUGCACUGCAUCAGCCAGGCCGUGGAGGGGGGGGAGAGCGAGGUGGUGGACGGCUUCCACAUGGUCGAGCAGCUGCAGAGAGAAGACCCGGAGGCCUACAGGACCCUCACCUCCACCCAGGUGGACUUCACCGACAUGGGGAGGGACUACUGCGACUUCCUGCUGCAGUCCAAGAAACACAUCAUCGACGUCGAUCGUAAAGGCCGAGUCGAGAGGAUCAACUUCAACAACGCCACCAGGGACUCGGUGCUGGACCUGCCCGUCCACCAGGUCCAGUCCUUCUACCGAGGACUGAAGGCCUUCACCGACCUCAUGAACCGCCCGGAGAACGUGGUCUGCUACACCAUGGAGCCAGGUGAAGUGGUGACGUUUGAUAACUGGCGUCUGCUCCACGGACGGAGGAGCUUCGUCAGCCGGCCCGACAGCUCCAGACACCUGGAGGGCGCCUACCUGGACUGGGACGAGGUCAUGUCCCGCCUCCGGCUACUGCGCAACAAGCACACAUGAGCUCGGCAAACUAAACGGUGACAUUGCGUUUUUUAAAAAGAACCUUAACUACAGAACAGGAGCUAAACUACAUAUUGGUCUUGAAGCGCUGAGGUGACGGGGCAACGUGCAAAGUUUCAUGUUGUUAACAGUCGAGAGCCGAAAGUCGUACGCCAGGAAUUUAUAAAGCAAACAAACGGCAACACUACAAUGCAAAGACAAACGUUUUUUUGAUGAUUCAUUUCACUGCUUUGUCCUGUCCAGCAGGGGGUGCUGUAGCCCCCUCAUCACCAGACGAUUGACAAAACAUUGUAUGAGAUAACGUUUUAUAAGUGUAUAGUUUUCUACAUUGAUCCGGCUCCUUCAUGUUAUCAUUAUGAUGAUGAUUUUGAAUAAAUUGUUGGAGGGUACAUAUUCCUGGUUCUUGAUAAUAAUGUUUGAAAUAACUAAAUUUACUUUACGUUAGUCAAUCAUUUUCUCUGAUAACGCUACAUAGAAAUGUGCAGGUGUUGAAACUAACACUGAGUGAAUGAGUCUCUUCAGAAAUGAUCUCUGGGUGAAUUAAGCUUUGAUUUUUCUCUUGCUGCUUGUUUCAGAAUCUUGUUUUUCCGACGAGGAGUCAAACCACAUCAUGCUUCAUCAUAAUUAAUACAAGUUUCCUGUUUCUGCUUUAUUGUGAGAUUUCAGAUUCUCAGGAUGAUGCUUGUUUAAAACUCUUGUGCCUGAAUGUGUUGGUGAAGUUUCUGUUAAAUAUUAAAAACUAUUUCUACAAAAACAAAACUAAUUUCUCUGUUUUUAGCAGAAUAAAUUCGAUUUUUUUUUUAACUUUUCAUAGAAAGGAAAGAAAUCUUAGUCAAGCAAACGUUAAAUCAACGUUAGUCAGCGCCGAACUUAAAUGAAAUGAUACGAGUUCGAUUAUUGUAAAAUAUAUAAACCAAUAGAACUUAAACCCAUUCACUGCUUUAUCUUUAUUUUAAAAACAUGGCCAGUUUAUUAUCAAUUCAUUUUCUAACUGAUAAGAGAUUGAAAUUCAGUUUGUUACUUAAAAAAAAAAGCAAUGUCUUUAAUUUGUGCUCGAGUCACUGACAUUGAGAAGGUUGUGUGUUUGAGUGACAGCUCAUCGUCUGUGGCUCCUUGUGUGUUUGUUUUGCAGGUUUUUAUGAUUUGGUUCUUCUUCUCUCGUCUAUGUUGCACAGAGGAUCUAAGUUGUUGUACAAGCGUUUGUGAAACUGUGUCAUCACUCACUUGAAUAAACGUCAUCGAGCUGAAA